AUGAGUGGCACUGGAGGUGUGGUUAAUCAGACAUGGGACGGUGUUGUACCACCUGAGUGCCGCCCCAACCCGUCAAUACUCCGACUAAGUGCCGGACUUUCCUGGGAAGAGGCUUAUGAACCACUCCACAAGGACAUUGACACUGAUAAAACUUGUGGGGUAGGACCAGGUAUGCCGUUUGUCCAUUAUAUUUUGGACAAGGACUCAAGCCUGGGAGUGGUUGGUUUGGUGCCUUGUGCUAUUGGAGGAACCAAUAUAAGUGAGUGGGCCCAAGGAACCUUACUUUACAACCAACUGGUGAGGAGGGCUGGAGCGGCGGUGCAAGGUGGUGGGACAAUCACAGCACUUCUUUGGUAUCAAGGUGAGAGUGACACAGUGACUUUAGAGGAUGCGAAGCUGUACAAGAGCAGAUUGGAGAAAUUUUUUACAGACCUGCGCAAUGAUUUGCUGGCUCCAAUGCUCCCUGUGAUCCAAAUGUGUGGAUCCAAGGGAUCGCAGUUGGAACCUGAUUACUUGCACCUUAGUACUCCUGCUCAGGUCAAUCUUGGAGAGAUGUUAGCCAAUGCGUACCUACAGACGGUGGCUAGCCCUGUUCACAGUAGUGCCCCAAAAAAGGUGCGGGCGUUGUGGGAUACAGACAUAUUUUCACCUAUUCCCCUCUGGAAAACAGAGGCGGAAGCCAUCUUUGCGGCAUCUCUCUCUAAGCAUCAGAGCCGACACGCCGGUGACCAGAAAUCAGGUCAGCUUCUCGGGAUGAUGAGCCGCGAGAGCUAUGCGGACCCAUCUUCAGACAAGAGUAUAUUUCUAUUGGCGGGACAAAGCAACAUGGCUGGCCGAGGAAGUAUGGCCGGAGGUGUCCCAGAGGAAUGUCAGCCCAACCCAUCAAUCCUCCGACUAACUGCAACCCUCAGCUGGGAAGUGGCAAGCGAUCCACUACACAGAGACAUUGACAUUCACAAAACCUGUGGUGUUGGACCAGGCAUGCCUUUUGCCAAUUCUAUCUUGAAAGGGGACUCGAGCCUAGGAGUGGUUGGUCUGGUCCCUUGUGCCAUUGGAGGGACUCGAGUUGUUGAAUGGCAACAAGGAACCCCCAACUAUACUCAGCUGUUGACGAGGGCUAAAGCCGCCGUGCAAGGUGGUGGGACUAUCAGAGCCCUUCUAUGGUAUCAAGGAGAGUCUGACACCAAGGAUACAGAUGGAGAUGUCAAGUUUUACAAGGACAGAGUGGAGAAAUUUUUAACAGACAUCCGUGCAGAUUUGAACUUGCCCACACUCCCAGUGUUACUUGUGGCAUUGGCAACAGGAGAAGAUACAUCGAAUCUGAACGCAAUAAGAGCAGCUCAAUUAGCAGUUAAUCUUCCGAAUGUGAUAGUUGUGGAUGCCUACGGAGCUCAGACGAGCAAUGGUGAUCCAGUGCACCUUGCUACUCCUGGCCAGGUCGUUGUUGGUAAGAAGUUAGCUGCGGCCUUCAUUGGUAGCCCUAAAUGAGAGACACUUUAGGGUUAUUUGCUUGAUGUAGGCCUUAGACUAAAGUGGAUUGGCAAGGGAGAAGGGGAGGGUUGAUGUAAUGAUGUAUUUUUCCAAUAAACUGUUUCAAAUUCGAAUCCCAUUUUUUGUUGGACUUA